AUGAAUUUAAUAAAUCAAUUGACCUCUACACAGUCACCUUCAAGAAUAAACCAAUUGAACGGUUUCCAGAGACCAAGAGCAACAACAUCACCUUUCAAUGUUCUUCAAUCGCCUUAUAAUUUAAAUACUAACAGAUUAAAACAUCUAUUAUCUCAACAGGAACAACAAUCGAGUAUCACAAGUUCUAAUACAACUUCAAAUUUCUAUGCAAUCACACAAUUUAUUUUACAGUUAUAUUUUAAAGUUGACAUAAACUCCUUAGCCUCACUAAGGCUAAUUGAUUUAAUUGUCGACCAAACCUACUCUGAUUCUCUAACUUUAAGAAAGCUAAAUGACGGCGAUGCAUAUCAAUAUUUCAAUACAAUAUCAAGAGAUCCUGAUAUCUCUAAAUGUCCAAUAUUUGCAUUAGCAAUAUAUUUCAUAAUACGAUGGAGUCAUCCAAAUCCUCCAAUUACAAUUUUUAACUAUUUUAAUAUCCCAUUGUUAGAUCCAAACUUUAUUCUUUUGGAUUCAAAUCCACUUUUAUAUAUGCAGAAUGAAGAUGUGCUUAACGGCAUUAAUAACUCAAAUAUACGAAUUCCGAGAGCAGAACUCUUUGAACCAUCAAGAGACCUUAUCGACAUCGUAUUUCCAUGGCUGCCAAGUUUAAGGCAAGAUAUGUUACAAAUUGAUAGAACAAACUAUAAAUUACAUUCCUUGUGUGAAUUAUUCGAAUUCAUGGGUAAAGUAGUCAUCCAAGAUUUACGUUAUUUAAAUCAGCAUUCUUUAUUGUUACCAAAUAUCUUAUCAUUCAUUGCAAAAUUCAUACCUGAACUUUUUCAAAUGGAUCAAUUUAAAAAUAUUGAGGCAUAUAAUACCACGAAUAACAACAUGGUCAAUGGGAACAUUAAUAUUGAACCAUGGUUAAGUUCCAAUACCACUUACGAUCCCUCAAUACGAAAUAAUACGUCAAGAAGUCAAUUUACCAACGUAUACAACAAUACUAUCAGCUAUAAUGCUGAUCCUGCAUUGACUGCGAUAAGUAGUAGCAUUGACAAUAAUUUCAAUAACAGCAAUACUACAUACCAGAUACCAGAAGAGAUAGAGUCACGAUUUUUAGAACUUUCCAAAAAAUUGACUGUGGAAAAUAUUAGAUUAAGCCAGCAAGUAACGCAGUUGAAAACAGACUUGUCAUCUGUGACAACUAUGUGUAAUGAAAUCCUCAAAUUACAAAAGGCAAUGGCUACGAAUCCUAAUACCAUUAGAACUGAUGCUGUUACAGAUAGCGUAACUGGAGUCACACCAAUUACCGUCCCUGACAGUAGCGCAAUGGAGAAGCCCACACCAAAAAUACCUCAGGGCGCUCCUAUAAAACCAACCUUCAAGAGUCCUCCAAUAAUAUCUCCUGCUGCUAACUUGUCAGACAAAAUACAAAAAAGGGAAUUACCACCCAUAUCACCAAACGAUCAUUUGGAUCAAAUGAGUCCAUAUUCUCCUCAGUCACCUGGGAUAAUUGGUUCGCCAUAUUCUAGAAAAAGGUACAGAUUAGAUGAUAAGCCAACUCCUUCUCAAACAGCACUAGAUUCUUUGCUAUCUACCUCAAUUCAAAGCCCACAUAUUCAAGUUGAUCCACUAAUAGCAGCUAAAACGGCAAAUGCAACUACUACUAAAAUAACAAAAUCCAAAACCAAAAAACCAAAGAAUGCUCCAACAUUGAAUCAAAUACGGAAAAAUCAAUUUAAUUCACCUGUUACAUUUGCCAUGGCAGAUUCAACAUCCACAUCAAGCUCAAAUUCUUCGAUUACAAACAGAGACUCUGCUAGUGUUCCUACUCAAUCGAAGAAGGACAAAGAAGCGGUUCUGGUUGUUGACUCCCCACAGCCAAAAGUAACCAAUACCAUCAAGAAAACUCCACUGGUGCCGAUGAGAAAAGUAUUAGAGAGGCCAUUAUUAGUUAGAAAUGAUUCAACAACUAGUAUGCCAAUGUCUCCAUCAGAACAACCUGCGGCGAAGGUUAUCGAUGCAAGAGCCCCAGCAUCUGCCAUAGAACCUUUUUCGCCGAAGACACUGGUAAAGGAGUUAGACAAACGGAAUAUGACAAAGAAGGCUGACUAUAACGGAAAAUCGACGAAUGAAGAUAUCCGUGUAGGAGAAGAUGAGAAUACAAUAAAGGGUAUACUAGAUAAAGAUGUCUCAGAAACAGCAGAAAAUAAAAAAACGGAAAAGAACAACGAGCUACGCGAGAAUAUCAAUAAAAUUGAGAAGGAUUCUAAAGAUAAAGACGAUCAUGAACAUAAAGAAGACAACAAAGAUAAAGACGAAGACAAAGAUAGAGACGAAGACAAAGAUAAAAAGACUAAAACCAAUAUUGAUAACGGUAGUGACAAAAUCAAAUCUACACCUAGCGAAGUAAAAGAGGAUACCCCUGUUUUAUCGAUCCCAUUACAGCCAGUUACGAAAUCAGUUUCAUCAAUACCACUAAUAAAAAGGUCUUCAGCUUUACCGCAUUUAACAAAUAUCAACAGAGCCUUACAGAACUUCCCGAAUAUGGCCAGCCUCGGUACUUUCAUCAAUAACCUCAGUGCAAGUAAUCUAACACCGUCUGAUAUAUCGUCCUUAUCUCAUAAAGCAUCUACGCCUCAAAUUGGAAAAAGGCAAUCGACUACACCAGCUUCCAGGACUGGUCAGGGUCCCAACGACAAUAUCAAAUAUAAGUUGUCAAGAGAAAAUAAAACAAUAUGGGAUCUCUAUACAGAAUGGUACAUUGGAUUGAAUGGGAAGCCUUCUAUCAAAAAACUAAUUGAAAAGUAUGGAUGGAGGCGUUGGAAAGUCACAGAAGAUUCACAUUUUUUCCCAACGAGAAGGAUAAUCAUGGACUAUAUCGAAACAGAAUGUGAUCGUGGUAUAAAAUUAGGUAGAUUCACAAAACCCGAUCAACCAAGAGAAGAAAUCAGGAAAAUUAUUGUUAGUGAUUUAGAGAAAUUCAGAAUUAAUAAUGGUUUGACACUUAAUUCGCUUUCACUUUAUUUCAGAAAUUUAACAAAACACAAUGAAGAAAUAUGUGUGUUUGAGAACUUUAAGAGUUGGUCUGUUGGGUCAAUGACUGAGGAAGAAAAAGUUAAAUACUGUAAAAGACAACAUCUCAGCAAUGCUGCAUUAGCAGCUCAAGAAGCUGCUAGGCAGGCAAAGUUAGCAAGAAAAAAAGAGAAACAAGGAACUGCAAGAAGUAGUAAAUCUACCACAGCUAAUAUUCAAGACUCCUUAUCGAAACUUAACGAACCCAACGAAAUAGAUAAAAACGUUAAUUUGGUUUUAGAAUCGCCUAAGAGAACUGUUGAGCACCAAGAUGAUACCUCAACACAGACAAACUUAAAAAGAAUUAAUCAGCUACAAAGCAACUCUGGGAUUGUUAACGACUUGAAGAGACAUCAAGACGCUGAAAUACGAUCUAACACGACACUAAAUACCCUCCCCCCCAAAACGGACCUCCCUACCCAAGCAACUCAAAGGUUUAUACAAGCGUCACAGAUUAAUGAUAUCCAAGAGUCAGUAGCAAAAUUAAAUGCCAAUUUAUCCAAACCUGUUAGCACUACCAAAUCCAGUAUUCAAACUACAGCUCAAUUACAGAAUGAAGGUCGGUCCUCAGUUACAAAAGGAACUGACAAACACAGUAACACGAACGAUAAAGUAUCACCGAAGGCUUUGCAAAAAGAAGUAGCAAAUUGUGAUAAUGAUAUUCGAUUAGAUAAAUUGCCCGCCACUCAGGCCACUGAAUGUAAGUUACCAGAACUUCCUAAGAGUCCAGAAGAUCUUAAUAAUGUUACCCAUCCUACAACCACCACGAUUAAGACUACUGCUGACAAUUCUGUACGCACUAAUACAAACAAUGACCUUAUGAAUACAAAUAGUUUGUCCAAGCCAAUAUCUGAAGGAACUAUUGUUGAGACAAAGGCCAUACCGAAUAAAUCUCCUACAGAAAUCAUUCUGAAUUUUAAAAAAGAGAUAGUAGCGGAGCAUGGCUAUAGUCCAAGUACGAAGCCUAUACCAGGAAUAAUAACCGAUUCUGCCAAUGUUAUAAAUUCGGAUACUGAAGAAAGUGCGGUAGAAUCACAAAAAUUAGAUAGUCCCGUUUCGACAGGGAAACCGAAUGACGCAACAACCGAAUUGAUUGCUGUAACUACCACCAAUUCAGAUUCCAAAUCUGCUACUCCUAGAUCAACAAUGGAAAAGUUGGCCCUACAAACAGAUUCAGAACCAAAACAUACAUCAGGGACUCCUGGCCAUACAUCUAGUAUAGUUUGA